GGCCGGCUGCUGCUGGAAACACCCGGAAACAGCCCGUACAGACGAAGUGGUUAGCAGCGUUAGCAGCUAGCAUCCUACCGUGUUUACCUGUGUGUUAAAGCAUCUGAGCUGUCAGCUGUUUGUGGCAACGUUUCUACACCGGAAGCGAGUAAGAUCAUUGGAGAUGGCUGACGGCAGAAGUGAAGAUUUAUUUGAUAACAUUCUGUUGGCGGAUGAAAGGUUCCGAGGGGAGGGUUUCCAGGAGGGCUUUGAGAGAGGGAGCCGCCGAGGGCUGCAGGACGGCCGCAGACACGGGGCCUCUCAUGGGGCCAAACUGUCCACUGAGAUUUCCUUUUAUUAUGGGUUUGCCGUAACAUGGAAAUGUCUCCUCCAACAUAAUACCGAUGUCAAAUCCAGAAAGCGUAUGAAGGCGCUGGAGGCUCUGCUGGGUUUGAUCCAGAACUCACCUCAUGAUGAUCCUCACUCUGCAAAGCUCCAGGAGAACAUGGAGAAAGUCCGUGCCAAGUUCAGACAGGUCUGCUCCAUGCUGAGUGUCCCGACUGACUUCAACGAUUACAUCAAAACUUCUGAAGGGACUACUUUCUGAUCCUCCAGAGGGGGAGGUGCCGAGCCACCUCUGGUCCUGGCAGAGUGGGGGGGGGGGGGGCGACUGCUGUGGGUCUGCAGUGGACUCUGGAUGCUCUCUGUGAAGCAGCCAUCUUUGAGAGGAGUGUGUGCCUCCCGUUCUGAUGAGAAGCUGUGUGACGUGUAGGACAGUCCUCAGGAAGGUGAGGGGGGGCUGCUGGGACUGCUUCCUGUUGAGCUUGCAGAGUAAUAAACCAGAACACGGACAAAGAACGUGUUUCUCUGGACUUUGGUAAAUGAGUGGAUUUAUGCAGUGAUGAGCAACUGAAAUGAAACGGCAACAAAAGUCACCAAAAUAAAAUCUUGGAACAAUCUG